AUGGACCGGAAAUAUAAUAUUUUCGCUUUAAGUGUCAUUUUACAAAAUAGAGAAUCGACUCUGCAAUGGUUGCGUGAUGUAGAACUGAUCCCGAGUGAACGCUUUUGUUCGAAGCAUAAGAAAAAUAUGACUUUAACUGAAUCAGCGUUCACUUGUGGUCAGUUCGUUUGCGAGAAAAAAGGUAAAUAUCGUCAUCGUCAUACUGUCGCAGAGAACACGUGGUUCGAACAAUGCCACAUCUCUGCGGCUUCUUGUAUGAUGGUGACGUAUUGCUUUUCGGUGAGUUUUGACUUUCAGCAAACUAUUCGUGAGAGUAGUAUUGUUGAAGGUCAAAAUAUUUCUUCUGAAACCAUUGCAGAUCGAUUCUCUUUUUGUCGGGAGGUCUGCAUGAUUGCUUUAGAUGAACACUUCCUAGAAGAGGGUCAAAUUGGAGGUGUGGGCGAAAUCGUCGAGAUCGACGAAUGCAAAAUCGGUCGUCGAAAGUUUGAGAGAGGUCGAGUAGUAGAGGGUUCAUGGAUCCUCGGAAUGAUUCACAGAGGACAUUCUUCCAACUAUCGACUGGAAAUCUGUCCCGACAACAAACGAGACAAAACUACUUUAAUCAACUUGAUUAAAAAGCACGUUGUUGUCGGAACAGAAAUCCAUACUGAUUGUUGGAAGGGCUACAUUGAUUUGGAACAAUGUGGCUACGUUCACAAAACUGUGAAUCAUUCCGAGGAAUUUCUAAACUCUACUACUGGUGCCCACACCCAAAAUAUUGAAUCCUCUUGGAGAUGGAUGAGACAAUCUCUCUCCAGAGGAGGUGUUCGCAAGCAUAAUCUUGCAGACCACCUUUAUAUGUUCAAGAGUCCCACCUCCACUCCUGUGCCGGAAGGAGAAUUAAUGGAGGAGGUGAUAGGCAUUUUGGGCGUCAACACUUGUUUUAGGUGA